GCGCUGCGGAGGUCUGGCUGCAGUGAGGCGGAGAGGCGCGAGUUGGGCUCACUCUGAGCACUUUAACGGUCACCGCUCAGCCCUCACCGGACCGGAACCACGUCUACACCGGGACCGGACCGGAACCACGUUCUGCCCAUUAACGGAGCGGGCACCCCAUCCGCCACAGCCGGGCUGCAGGAAGCUCACAGCCCGGUUCGGGGAGCGGUGUGAGCAGGAGGGGGGAAUUCCUGGAGUCCUGCUCCUGUUAUCUGCCCCAGAGGGAAACUUUCCGCUGUCUGUGGGCGAACUGAUCUGAGCUCACUGCACUUCGGGAGCCUCCUGUCUGGAUAGUGAAGGAAGUCAUUUCUUGUCACUGUGCCUGGUGACAUUUGGGGACAAUACCUCAAUGCUUAUACACACCUUGUGGUGUGAACCCUGGACCUCCUCCAUAGCUCCCCUAAAUCCUGGACCGGACCCUGACCCCUAGCAUUUUGAAACUGUCUUUGCUGCACCCCCUCCCUCUGGAACAUGAAGCUCAGCCGUCAGAUCACAGUACUCGGCAGUGCUAUAUUCUGUGUGGUGAUCUUCUCCCUCUAUCUGAUGCUGGACAGGGGGCAGUUCGAUCAGCCCAAAAUCUCCCAUCGAGAUGGAGCCUUCCCCAAGGGUCAACUAUCACUCUUACAAGAAAAAAUUGAUAAUUUGGAGCGUCUAUUAGCAGAAAAUAAUGAGAUCAUAACCAAUAUAAGGGAAACCGUAAUAAACCUAAGUGAAUCUGUAAAAGACGGUCAAAAGAACCCAGAAGCCAUAAACUUUAGCAAUGGAUCAUAUUCUCAGCUGUUCCCAUCAGCACCAGCAAUCCUUCCCAUCAGUAAUGAAGACUGCCAGUUUUCUUCUGCAAGUGGGGGCCAGAAAUCAAAUGUUCAGAUGCUUGAUGUAUACAAAAUUCUUCCCUUUGAUAACCCAGAUGGCGGUGUGUGGAAGCAAGGUUUUGACAUUACAUAUGACGAGCAUGCAUGGGAUAAUGAACCACUCCAGGUUUUCGUUGUGCCACAUUCCCAUAAUGACCCAGGCUGGGUGAAAACAUUUGAUGACUACUUUCGAGAUCAAACUCAGCACAUUCUCAAUAACAUGGUUGUGAAACUACAAGAAGACAAAGGAAGAAAGUUUAUUUGGUCUGAGAUCUCCUACUUUGCCAAAUGGUGGGAUGGAAUAGAUAGUCAGAAGAGAGAUGCUGUUAAGAGAUUGGUAGAGCUUGAACAGCUUGAAAUUGUAACCGGUGGAUGGGUUAUGACAGACGAAGCUUCAUCACAUUAUUUUUCAAUGAUUGACCAACUCAUAGAAGGACAUCAGUGGUUGGAGAAAAAUCUUGGUGUAAAACCAAAAUCUGGUUGGUCAGUUGAUCCCUUUGGGUACUCUCCAACAAUGGCUUACCUUCUAAAACGUUCUGGAUUGUCAAACAUGCUCAUACAGAGAAUUCAUUACUCUGUGAAGAAGCACUUUGCAGAAAAGAAAAUACUGGAGUUCUUUUGGAGACAAAACUGGGAUUUGGGAAGUAGAACAGAUAUAUUGUGCCAUAUGAUGCCUUUCUACAGCUAUGAUAUUCCUCAUACGUGUGGACCAGAUCCAAAAAUAUGCUGCCAGUUUGAUUUCAAGCGUCUCCCUGGAAGCAGAGUCAGCUGUCCGUGGCGAGUACCUCCAGAGGCCAUCCAUCCUGGGAAUGUCCAACACAGAGCUUGGAUGAUUUUAGAUCAGUACCGAAAGAAGUCAAUGCUCUACCGUACUAAAGUGCUCUUAGUCCCCCUGGGUGAUGAUUUUCGCUACAGUGAAAGCUCAGAGUGGGACCAACAAUACCAGAAUUAUCAAAAACUCUUUGAUUACAUGAAUUCUCAUCCAGAGCUUCAUGUUAAGGCCCAGUUUGGUACUAUAUCUGAUUAUUUUGAAGCUCUACGAAAAGCCAGCAAUAUUGAGAACAAUCCUUCAUUUUUCCCAGCCUUGAGUGGUGAUUUCUUUACCUAUGCAGACAGAGACGAUCACUAUUGGAGCGGCUAUUUCACUUCACGGCCUUUCUAUAAACGACUUGAUAGAGUUCUGGAAUCCCAUCUAAGAUCAGCUGAGAUUCUUUACUCUUUAGCACUUGCACAGACCCAGAAAUCAAGCAAACUGAAGAACUUUCCUUCUGUGGAGCAUUAUAAAUUACUGACAGAGGCAAGACGGAAUCUGGGACUAUUCCAGCACCAUGAUGCAAUCACUGGUACGGCAAAGGACUGGGUGGCUGUUGACUACGGCACACGACUGUUUCAUUCUCUAAUGAACUUGAAGAGGGUAAUAAUUGAUACAGCUCAUGUUGUUAUUCUUAAGGAUAAAGAAAGCUACAACUACAAUCCAUCCGCUCCCUUCUUCAGUAUGGAUGAUGUGCAACCGUCCCAAGAUGCAUUGCCCCAGAAGACAGUCCUAAAAAUCAAUAGGAUUCCAAGGUACCUGGCCGUUUAUAACCCCUCUGACCAAGAACGUUUCACUGUGGUUUCCAUAUAUGUAAAUUCUCCAAAAAUUGAGGUCCAAAAUGCUGGAGGAAAACCUGUAAAAUCCCAGAUCAGUGCCGUGUGGGAUGGAGCAACCUCUGUGUCACGGGACACUUAUCAGGUUUCGUUUCUUGCUCAGUUACCAGCUCUUGGUAUCGCUGUAUAUAAGUUGCUGGAAGCAGAAAGUCCUGAGGCUAUAAAGACUGAGUACACCAUCUUUGUUAGAGGAAGAAGCAACAAAGUUAUAGCAGAUGGAGUCUUUCAGAUAACGGAGUUAAACAACAUUGUGGAUGACCUAACUAUUGAAAACACAUACUUAAAGCUUGGGUUUUCUGGAACGACUGGGCUUCUGGAGAAAAUGAAAACAAAAGAUGAUGGGAAGACCCACAUAGCUAAAGUAGAAUUUAACUGGUAUGGUACUACAAACAACAGAGAUAAAAGUGGAGCCUAUCUCUUCCUUCCUGAUGGUGAAGCAAAGCCCUAUGUUUCUGCAGAUCCACCAAUUGUAAGAGUCAGUUACGGGAGCCUUUUUAGUGAAGUUGUGUGUUUCUUCAGUCAUGUGACGCAUACAGUGAGACUUUACAAUGUGAAAGGUCUGGAAGGGCAGUCUCCGGAAAUAUCAAAUAUUGUGGACAUCAGAGGUGAAUUCAACAGAGAGAUUGUGAUGAGGAUAAUUUCAGACUUAAACAGCCAGAAUAGGUUUUACACUGAUCUAAAUGGAUACCAGAUUCAACCACGACGGACCAUGAGUAAAUUACCCAUUCAGGCCAAUGUCUACCCAAUGGCUUCUAUGGCAUACAUUCAAGAUAAUGCAAGUCGACUAACGCUGCAUACUGCACAGUCCCUUGGUGUCGCCAGUUUAAAAAGUGGUCAGUUAGAAGUUUUCAUGGACCGACGGCUGAUGCAGGAUGAUAACCGUGGUCUUGGGCAAGGUCUUCAAGAUAACAAAAUCACAUUUAAUUUGUUCAGACUUCUUUUGGAGCAAAGAACUGGAAUUGAUGAGAGAGAAGAUCAAAAAUCCGUCAGCUAUCCAUCUAUCUUGAGCCACAUCACUUCCAUGUUCCUAAACCAACCUGUGAUCCCAAUGGCCGUGACAGCAGAUUUUGAUGUCCCACCUCUAGUAGAUGCUUUCUUUCCGCUCACAAAUUCAUUGCCGUGUGAUGUGCACUUGCUUAACUUGCGAACAAUCCAAGCAAAGGUGGGGCUUAACCCGUCAGAUGAAGCUGCCCUCCUCCUACAUAGGAAAGGAUUUGACUGCAAGUUUUCAAAUAAAGACCUUGGAUUAUUCUGCUCAACCACUCAGGGAAAGAUUCCAGUUCAUCAACUUUUUAACGGAUUCAAAAUUGAGAGCAUAAUACCGUCAACCUUGUCCUUGAUGUAUUCAUCUCCAGAUGGCCACAACAUAAGUGAAAUCAACAUGAGUCCUAUGGAUAUAAGUACAUUCCGAAUUAAACUGAGAUGAACUUUGCUGUAUGCAACAAUUCCGACUCUGUUUCACAUGCAAUAAGGAAGCACAUUGUUGGCUCACCUUCUGUACACUGAGGAUUUGCAUUAUACAUUUACUUUUUUUUUUUUUUU